GGUUGGGGGGGAAAAAAAAAAUGCUAACUUGCGCAAGCGCACUCAGGCAGCCUCCGAGCCCGCGGGCGCAGGCGCGCUUACUGCCGACAGAGCGCUUCAGCCGCUUCCCUCGAGCCCGCAGUGCGCAAGCGCGCGACAUCUCCGUUUCCCUCCCUCAGCCCCUUCCCCCCCUUCCCCCCCCGUCCCGGCCUCCUUUCCCCUUCACGAAGCCGGCUCCGGGGCGCGCUCACCCCUGUGAGGAGGCCGGAGGCCGGACUCAGAGGCUCCCUCUCCACUCCCGGAAGAUCAUGUACCAGCCCAGCCGGGGUGCGGCCCGGCGUCUCGGCCCUUGCCUCCGCGCCUACCAGGCUCGACCCCAGGUGAGCGGAGCAGAAGCUGGAGGGAGGAGAGGGGGCGGGGAGAGACCCUCCUCAGAGCCGGUGCGUGGGGCGGAGCGCGCGCUGGGUUCCGCGCAGGCGCAGAGACACCCACCGCCCCUUCCCACCUGUGCCCUGCAGCGCGUGGACGGGCUAGGGGUCGCGGGAGCGGGAGGGAUUCACUGCCGGCGGCGCGUAAGGACUUCGGUCCUCCCAGGUUUGAGGGCGGACAGACGGGGUCAAGGCCAGGCAGCGGGGCGCGUCUGCGUUGCGCCCGAUCCGCGGUUACCUGUGCCUAGAGGUGAUUUGAAGGGCAGGGGCGGAGAGAUUCGCAGCCCGGCCGCGGCGCCGUCCCGGAGUUCCUCGGCCCAGACCAGACCCGCGGGGCGCCUUCAGCAGCCCGCGCGUCUUGCACUCGGAGAGCGGUCCGGGCAGGAAGGCCGGCCAGUGUGCACCCUCUUCGGGCCCCUGCGCCGGGGCUGGCAAGAUGGCCACGCCCCCAGCAGAGACGGCGCCUCUGGGACACCGUUGGGGACCGAGGACCAGCUUUAUCCAGGGACUCUACCAUUCCCACCCCUUUGGCCCCACUCCACGACAACCACUUCCCCAUCAUCUCCUCUACUCUGGUCUCCCCUGCCCCCGCGCCUUCCCACCCAGCGUCCUCCCCAGGUUCCCCCACUGCCUCUCCCUCAGAUCCAGGCCCUCAGCUCAGCAUGGGUGGUUCUCCCUCCAGGAAAGGGGGAGGAGGGACCAGGACCUGAGUUGCAUAGCGGCUGCCUGGACGGGCUUAGAAGCCUUUUUGAGGGACCUCCCUGCCCCUAUCCUGGGGCUUGGAUACCUUUCCAAGUCCCUGGAACUGCCCACCCUUCCCCUGCCACCCCAUCAGGAGAUCCUAGUAUGGAGGAACAUCUGUCUGUCAUGUAUGAGAGACUGAGACUAGAGCUUCCCAAGCUCUUCCUUCAGUCCCACGACUACAGUCUGUAUUCCUUGGAUGUGGAAUUCAUCAAUGAGAUCCUCAACAUACAUACCAAGGGCCGAACAUGGUACAUUCUUUCACUGACCCUCUGCCGUGUCCUGGCCUGGAAUUAUUUUGCACACCUUCGUUUGGAGGUUCUACAACUGACCCGCCACCCUGAGAACUGGACCCUGCAAGCACGGUGGCGGCUCAUAGGGCUGCCUGUCCACUUGCUCUUUCUGCGGUUCUACAAGCGUGACAAAGAUGAACUUUACCGGACCUAUGAUGCCUACUCCACUUUCUACCUGAAUUCCAGUGGCCUCAUUUGUCGCCAUCGUCUAGAUAAACUGAUGCCUUCACACUCACCUCCAACGCCUGUGAAGAAGCUGCUAGUGGGAGCCCUGGUGGCCCUGGGGCUGUCAGAGCCAGAACCUGACUUAAACCUGUGUUCCAAGCCCUGAUCCUUGACCUUUGAGUGGGGGCAGCACUGAAGACUGCUAAGCCCAAGAGAAGGAGGUGGAGGCAGCCAAGAAUCUCAGGAGCCAGCUUCCUCUCUUUUCUCUCCUUCCUUUCCAUCUCAUGCUGUGUAAAGCUGCUCUGUAAUUUAACUUGUAAAUAAUAAAGUUUAACUGACUAUAUGAGAUAGAA